ACGUCCUACACAAAAACAACUACCACUACCACCACCGAUAUACCUCUUCGCCCUCUAGAUCUGUCCUGAUAUAUACCUCGUCUACAAUCCUCGUCUCGUCCUUCUCUCCUCAAACACUCUCAGGUCUAUCAUUCCUCCAUUGAGCAGUUUCGUCCAUUCCUUUCAACAAAUUCACCAUGCUCUUCUCCGUGCUCUCAACCGCCGCAAUGGCACUAUCCAUCCUGGCACCAACCGUCGCCGCUGUCCCUACCCCUGGCCCUCAAAAGGGCAAUACUGGGCUCACCAAACUCGCCGCAAGAAUGCCCAAGAGUGCCCUGCCCGCUCCUGAUGGUCUUCAACUAAAGUUCGUUGGCCUUGGAAUUGGUACCCAGAACUAUACCUGCAAACCUGGCAAUGACACUGCUGAGCCUGGUACCACUGGCGCAGUUGCCAAACUAUAUGAUCUUGGUACGCGCCUUAACACCGAUCCUCUCGCAGACUGGAAGAUCAGCACCAUCAGUGGACUGGCCCUCAACAUGUACGACUACCCGGCCGUCCUCAACGGGUUGUUGUGGUCACAGGGAUACCAACAAGUCCUUGGUGACCAUUUCUUCACCAUCACCGUCCCUACCUUCUACCUCAACAAGGUCAACGCCACCCCCAAGCCGCUCGCAUUCGUCAAGAAGAAUCUCGGUGUCGAUGCGCCCAAGUCCGCUUGCCCCGGCAUCAAGGGAGAAGGUGCGAUCCAAUGGCUUCACCUCAUCGACAAUGGUAACAGCCAGGGUGGUGUUAACACCGUCUACCGUCUCGAGACUGCCGGCGGCGCGAAGCCAAAGACCUGCAAGGGCAUGCCUGAGCACUGGGAGGUCCCAUACGCUGCCCAAUACUGGGUCUAUGGCCCAGCUGCUUGAGCGACUCCGACCAUACGACGUGGAGCACCUCAGCAGGCGCCUGACAUAACGCGCGCGCGGCCUUGUCCGCACACCCAGUUUCAGUUUCAUUAACACCUUCACACCUACUACUACUACCUACCUACUUAUCUACACACUCGUUCGA